UGUGUCCGUGAGGCGGAGCGCGAGUCAAACUCACACAAGCGGCUGUUCAUUUUGUCAUUAAACCGAAAAACUCACUGACAGUCACUCGACGAGCCGUGUGUGUUUGUGCUUCUGUCAUGCGGUAAAGCGAGGAGAAACACAGAAACAGGAGGAUCUGUGUGUGCAGUGCAGACAUGAACGGGUACAGCGCAGUGUCAGCGCAGAGGAAUGGUCACGGCUCACGGUCUCCAGAUGUUCCUGUGGGAAACUCCAGUGGUAAAGCUCUGUACGGAACAGAUGGAGUGUAUUUCCUGCACACUUCCGCCAAACACAAAAAGAAAGAGCAAAGGAAGAAUUACACCAAGAACAGCAUCAACAGCCUGACGGACACGUCGCAGUAUCAUGUGGAGCAUCUCACCACGUUUGUGAUGGACCGUAAAGAGGCGGUUCUGACCAUCGAGGACGGCGUGCGGAAGCUGCGUCUGCUGGACGCUAAAGGCAAGGUGUGGACGCAGGACAUGAUCCUGCAGGUGGACGCCAAAUCCAUCAGUCUCAUCGACACCAACAGCAAGAACGAGCUGGAGAACUUCCCCCUGGGCUCGGUCCAGCACUGCCAGGCCGUGAUCAACGCCUGCGGGUACGACUCGAUCCUGGCGCUGGUGUGUAAGGAGUCCGGGCAGGGGAAAGCAGACCUGCACCUGUUCCAGUGCGACGACAUCAAGGCCAACUUAAUCCACAUGGACAUCGAGAGCGCCGUCAGCGAUCACAAGAGCGGGAAAGUGAAGAAGAGGCCGGAGGCUCUGAAAAUGAUCCUCAAGAGUGACGGGACCAUCCCCCCGCCCCCGGGAGGCCCCGCCCCCCAGCCUCCAGGAGCUGUCAAUCAAGGGGACACCAAGACCCGAGUGGCCAGUUGGACUGCCUGGACCAGUGAGCAGCAGGACAGUGAUCCGCAGAGACUUUACACCGAGCUGGACGGGUCUCCUGAGAUGAGCGCAGCGCAGGUGGACAGAGACGUGCAAAUCCUCAACCACGUUCUGGACGACAUCGAACACUUUGUCACCAAACUGCAGAAAGCUGCCGAGGCCUUUAGUGAGCUCUCCAAACGCAAGAAAACCAAGAAGAGCAAGAAGAAAGGACCUGGAGAGGGAGUUUUGACGCUGAGAGCUAAACCUCCGUCUCAGGACGAGUUUGUCGACUGUUUCCAGAAGUUCAAACAUGCCUUCAACCUGCUGGGGAAGUUGAAGAACCACAUUCAGAACCCCAGCGCUGUGGAUCUGGUUCACUUCCUGUUCAAUCCGCUCAGACUGGUGAUCCAGACGUCUGGAGGGGUCGAUCUGGCUAAAAGCGUCAUCGUCCCCCUCCUCACCAGAGAAGCCAUCGAGUUCCUGCACGCGUCGGGUUCUGCGGACGAGAGACACCUGUGGGUCACGCUGGGAGACGGCUGGACCAAGUGCAGGUUGGAGUGGCCGAAGGAUCACCCGUUCCCUCGGCACACGCUGUGUUUCCGCGACGGCUGGGAGCCGCCGGUGCUAGUGUCGCGCGAGGAGGACGUAGCUCAGCUAGCAGAGACGCUCAGCGCCGCUCAGACCGAGAUCCACAGACCGAGAGACGGAUCGCCGAGAGACCAGCCGAUGCUCCAGGACCUCUCCAGCACAGACGGGUACAGUAACUCUUCUCUCAAGCGCUUGCAGGAUCUGGAGCCAGACAUGGCCGUGGCUUUUAAACAGGCGCUCAGCCGACACGUAGAUAGAAACAUGGAGGCUCACAGCAGGACGAGAAACUUUGCCAAAUCUAAAUAUGACUUUGUGGCCAGAAACAACACUGAGCUGUCCGUGGUGAAGGACGAGGUGGUGGAGGUGCUGGACGACAGGAAGCAGUGGUGGAAGGUGCGUAACGGGGCGGGCGCUUCGGGAUACGUGCCGAACAACAUCUUAGAGCUCAGCCGGGCGGUGGACCUGACGGGCCGGGGGGAGCCCAUCUACAGCCACACCAUACAGCUAAUGAUGCCAAAAAAGGAAUUUGAGUUGUUUAAGCAAUUACUGGGCGAGUUAAACGAGAAGCAGAGAUCAGAUUAUGUGCCGAAGCCGUUGGUGACUGAAGCCCCGCCCACGCCGACGCCCCCUCCUCCUCCCCCCGCCCCUCUACCCCCUGCAGCCACGCCCCCUCCGCUGGCUCCUCCCACUGACAGCGGAGGACACGCCCCCAACACCAGCGAGAGUGACAGCGUUACGAUGAGAGACCAUCAGAGAGAGAGACCCGCGCUGGCCAACCGGCGUAAGUCGAACAUGGAGGAGGUUCAGGAUGAGUUGAUGCACAGACUGACUCUGGGUCGAAGCGCUCAGAAGAAACUCUCGGCUCCGUCUCGAUCCACAAGUCUCCCGGCGCUCAACAUCACGUACGACUCCACGCCGGAGGAGGUGACGGCCUGGCUUCAGCUCAAGGGCUUCAGCGCUGUGACGAUCACCAGUCUGGGUGUGCUGACGGGCGCUCAGCUGUUCUCCCUGAAUAAGGACGAGCUGAAGACGGUGUGUCCUGACGACGGAGCGCGAGUGUUCAGUCAGAUCAGCGUGCAGAAAGCGGCUCUCGAGAGGAGCUCGGGCUCGGAGUUGCAGGAGAUCAUGAGGAGGCGGCAGGAGAAACUGGCAGCGAGUGAUUCUGGCGUGGAGUCCUUCGAUGAGAGCAACAACCUCUGACCUUUGACCUCUGACCUCUGACCUUUUACAGGACGCCGCGGAGCGCGCUCAGUUCGCUGCCAUAAUGCGCCGCCGCCAAGAACUCUUGGACCCGUCCGAUAACGGCGCCGGCUCGGACGCGGACGAACACGCGUGAGAAACGAGAGCGCUGACGCUGUAGUUCCCGCCAGAACACCGCAGGAGUGUGUAGUCUAGUGCCAUCCGGUUCUGCCUUCAUCCCGGGAAACACUCAGAUAUACUUAUGAUCAUAUUUAUACUUGGAGAGAAAACUGUA